UCUUCAUCCACCAAAACAUUGUUCUCUCGCUCAAUUGUUCGUUGUGCCAAGUUUCGAGCACGGCGCCUUUGACUAUCGCGCAUUCCUAGCCUGUUUCUUGCAGGCACCCCACCUGGCGCACCGCCCAUGGAGGAGCCCAGCCUAUGGGCGCGCGUCCUCGGGCAAGCUGCCCAUCAGUUCACCCAGAUCCAGCCCAUGAUCCCGACAUACGCGCAUCUGAUCGCAUCGGCGCUCUUCCCCAUCUACGCUGGCGCGCAUGCCUCGCUCACCCGACCGUCGUCCGCCGCGAAACCCACGAAGCGCACGAGCAAACUUGACGGCCAAGACCCCGACGAUGACGAUGAAGAGGAGGAAGAGCACAAGAUGGAGGGCCUCUCACCCACAGAUGCCAUCAUGAUGCCUCUCUUCGCGGGAUGCGCACUCGCGGGGCUCUACUUCCUGCUGAAAUGGCUCAAAGACCCUCACUACCUGAACCUCGUCCUCAACUGGUACUUUGCGCUCUUCGGUGUUUUCGCAGUCUCUCGCCUCGUCACAGACGCCCUCGACAUUGGUCAUUCGCUCGUGUACCCACGCCGAUUCGCACGCGGCGGUGCGCUAUACCAUGUGGACCAGACGCAUCAGGCAGCUGUGCCAGUGGCCGGCGACAUCAAGGACAAGAACCAAUUGCUCUCGCCUCUGCCAGGAUUUCUGUCCUACAUUCCGCUUACCGACGGCUUCAGGAAGCUUCUCUGGUCUGAUCGGGCGAUGCCUGGCAACAAAUGGACGCUCCGUCUAUACAUACAUCGCCUCUUCGCUGGCAAGCUUCUCCUUGGGCCUCAUGGCAUGGUCGGUGCUGUCGUCUCUGUCGCUGUCUGGGGCUACUUUAACUUCGUGGACAAGCCGUGGUACCUGACCAACCUCAUCGGGUUUGGCUUCUCAUAUGCUGCAUUGCAGCUCAUGUCUCCCACAACUUUUGCGACCGGAAGUCUGAUCUUGAGCGCGCUCUUCUUCUACGACAUUUAUUUUGUCUUCUUCACACCUAUGAUGGUCACAGUCGCUAAGAGCAUUGAUGCCCCGAUCAAGCUUGUAUUCCCUAGGCCGGACUCAGCCGUUUCCGACAAGCCCCAAUACGCAAUGUUGGGCCUCGGCGACGUCGUGCUACCGGGCAUCAUGAUUGGCCUUGCCCUUCGUUUCGACCUUUGGAUCUAUUACCUCCGCCGCCAACGGCGUGUGCAAGCCACAGAUGAUUCUAGCGAGUUAGUGGAGAAGCCAAAGUACUUUUCCCUCGCUGGACGAUGGAGCGAUCACUUCUGGAGCCACUCUUUCUUCGGUCGGCCCUUGUGGAUGCACGCAGACAAGCCCGAGCCGCCCUUUACUUUCCCCAAGACAUACUUCAAAGCGAGUCUGACUGGCUACAUCUUGGGCAUGUUUGCUACCCUCGCCGUUAUGCACGUUUGGGGUCAUGCACAGCCCGCGCUACUGUACCUCGUUCCUGGUGUUCUAGGGAGCUUGUGGCUGACGGCUCUCGUCCGGGGCGAGCUGAAACUGAUGUGGAACUUCAGUGAAGAGGAUGAGGAAGAAGCGGAAGGCAAGGAGAAGACCGAUGAGAAGGACUCUUCUGGGAAUAAGACACCACGCGAACGUGAAAGCAUGUUCUCAAUGUCGGACAAGAAGGCUGAAGCCCGCGAAGAGCGCAUGAAAAAGGCAAUCGGCAAACACCUCGUUGUGGAUUCCGAGGAUGAGGGUAAUGAUAUGGAGACUACCAAAGACAAGGUCAAGGCUGUGGCCGGUCACAGAUCGCGCCGCGAGGUGUUCUCCUUCUCCAUCGAAGCCCCGCAUGACCUCAACCACCCGAGAUCGUUGAUGGACAGCAAGAAAGAUAGAGCGAACGAGGAAACGAACAAGACGACCCAGCAUGAACCGAGAUCCGCGCCGACGCUGACCGGUAAGGCCGAUGAGGGCCACGCCGGCAAACGUGUGCGGCUGACUUAGGAAGAAGCAUUUGCAUACGGCAAUAUCGGCUUUCGGAUCUGGAUGCUCAUCGUAGGAUUCUACGGGCUGUGGAAGUCAUAUCAGCACUAUCGAGCCCUUGGAGAUUGGAAAGCCGAAUAGGCGGACAUCGACGCGCUGUUGGCGGAAAUCUCCAAACGAUUAGAACAGAUGAAGAGAAAGAAGGAAACUAUGACAUGGGUCCUGCACCGGAAGGGAAUUGCUCGGACGACAUAAAGGGAAUAGUAGUCCUUCCAGACCGGUUAGUAUAGUGGGCAUGGCUUGGUUUGGCUGGUACGGCGUUGUGCAUAGCGAAGGCGUUUGUGGGCUAUCAUUCCGGGUUUACUGGCGUAGAUAGAAUGGGAUUGCUUGCAUCCUGAUAUGGCUCCGAGAUAGACAGUAUCCAUAAUGAACGUGGCAGGAUUCGCAGUGGCCCAGAGCUACACGUUCGAACUUCUUCUGUGGAAG